UGAAGGACCUGGCGGGCAUGAGUGCUCCUCAGAGGAACUGGAAGGGGAUCGCCAUCGCUCUGCUGGUCAUUCUGGCGGUCUGUUCUCUCAUCACCUUGUCUGUGAUCCUCCUCACUCCAGUGGAUACGCAGCCCAGCAGUGACACCAAGCUGAUGGUGGAGGAUCUUUUCAGCACAGAUUUCUACGUACACGACCCUGAAGCGUGCUGGAUCAACGAAUCUGAGGUCAUCUACAGAAAUCAUCAUGGUCAUGUGAUCAGGUUCAACAUCCUCACGAAUGAGACCGAGAUCGUGCUGAAGAACUCCACAUUCGAUACUUUCAAAGCCACCAGGUACUCCAUAAGCCCAGACAUGAAGUAUGUGCUUUUCGCCUACAAUGUCAAACAGGUUUACCGGCACUCGUUCACGGCGUCCUACAUCAUAUACAGCAUUCACACCAGGGAGGUUCUGCAGCUGGAUCCUCCGGAGGUCUUGAACUCUAAACUGCAGCACGCGGCGUGGGGUGUUCAGGGCCAGCAGCUGGUGUACAUAUUUGAGAAUAAUAUUUACUAUCAGUCGGACGUCAGGACUAACUCGCUGCGAUUGACUUCAUCGGGGAAAGAGGGCGUCAUCUAUAAUGGCAUCGCUGAUUGGCUCUAUGAAGAGGAGGUCCUUCACACGCAUGUGGCGCACUGGUGGUCACCUGACGGCGAACGCUUGGCCUUUCUGGUCCUGAAUGACAGUCUGGUGCCAAACAUGGCGCUGCCCACUUUCACCGGCUCUACAUACCCUAAAGGCAAACAGUACCCGUAUCCGAAGGCUGGGCAGCCCAAUCCCAUGGUGAAACUGUUUGUGGUCAAUCUGUACGGACCGACACACACACUUGAACUCACACCACCAGAUGAGCUCAAGCUCAGGGAGCACUAUGUGGUGAUGGUGAAGUGGAUCAGUAAGACCAAGACAGCAGUGCGAUGGUUAAACCGAGCACAGAACGUCUCUAUUCUGACUGUCUGCGACUCCACCACUGGAGCCUGCAUCAAGAGGCAUGAGGAAACAUCAGAAGUUUGGCUCUCCAGACAGAAUCAGGAGCCGUUCUUCUGUCGAGACGGCAACCGUUUCUUCUUGACAGUGCCAGUGAAGCAGGGAGGACGAGGAGACUUCCAGCACGUGGCCAUGUUCACCUCUCAGGCGCGUGCGGAUCAGAACGAGCUGCGGCACCUUACAUCAGGGAACUGGGAGGUGACGCAGAUUCUGGCUUACGAUGAGAACAGCCAGAGCAUAUAUUUCCUGAGCACCGAGGGCUCCUCGAGCCGCCGGCAGCUCUUCAGUGUGUCCACAGUGGGCCUGUUUCCACGCCGGUGUCUGACCUGUGAGCUCAAUAAAGCUCACUGCACGUUCUUCAGUGCUGAUUUCAGCCCCACUAAUCAACACGUCCUGCUGCACUGCAAAGGUCCAGGAGCGCCGACAGAGAUCAUACACACUCUGAACACGGCCAAUUAUUAUAUCCUGGAGAAUAACUCUGUGCUGAGAGCUGCUCUCAGAUACAAACGCAUCCAGCUGCUGGAGUACAGAAGCAUCCAGAUGGACCACUUCGAAUUGCCGCUGAAGAUCGCCUAUCCACCCGAUUUCUCUGAGUCCCGCACUUAUGCCCUUCUGCUGAUGAUUGACACUGCCCCCGGUGGUCAGCAGGUGAAUGACCGUUACUCACUGGACUGGGACUCAGUGCUGGUCAGUUCAGAUAAUGUCAUCGUAGCUCGUCUGGACGGCAGGGGAAGUGGCUUCCAGGGUCAGAAGGUGUUACAGGAAGUGCACAGGCGUCUGGGAUCCGUGGAGCUGCAGGAUCAGCUGGCUGCCGUUGAGUACCUGCUGAAAUUGCCGUACAUCGAUCGAACCCGGAUUGGUGUGUUUGGCCGGGGUUAUGGAGGAUAUGUCGCACUCCUGCUGAUUAAAUCCACGGAGAACGUGUUUAAAUGCGCAGCAGCCAUGUCGCCUGUGACAGACUGGAGUCUGUACGCCUCGGCCUUCUCCGAGCGCUAUCUGGGUUUCCCUCUUCAGGACGACAGCAGAUAUCAGUUCUCCAGUAUGCUGCAGAAUCCACAGAGUUUCAGAGAGCAGACGCUCAUGCUGCUGCAUGCCACUGCCGACGCAAAUGUUCACUUCCAGCACACGGCCGAGCUCAUUAAGAACCUGGUGAAGGUGGGAGCGAAUUACACACUGCAGAUUUAUCCAGACGAAGGUCAUUUCUUGUCCAAGAGCAGCCAGCGGCACGUGGCUUCAACACUGAGCAGCUACUUCAGAUCCUGCCUGCAGGAGGAGGUGCUUCCCAUCAGUGAGGAGGAGGAGGAAGAGGAAGAGUAGAGUGAAGAUGAGACGCAACACAGAAACACAUGCUGACACUGACACACACACACACACACACACACACAUCAGGACAAUACAACACACUGGACAAGCAUCCAGAGAACACUCAGAUAAACAGAGAGAGCCAGGAGAGUGUGUGUGUGUGUGUGUGUGUGUGUGUGUUUGUGAGUGAGAGAGUGUGUG